AUGAUGGGCUCUGGGAAAACGACUGUGGGGAAGAUUAUGUCGCAAGCGCUUAGCUAUUCUUUUUGUGAUUGUGAUACAUUGAUUGAAGAAGAGGUUGAUGGAAACUCUGUAGCUGAUAUUUUCAAGCUCUAUGGAGAAUCUUUCUUUCGUGAUAGGGAGACUGAGGCAUUGCAUAAGAUGUCCCUGAUGCAUAAAUUUGUCAUUUCUACUGGUGGAGGUGCUGUUUUGAGACCCAUCAAUUGGAAAUAUAUGCACAAGGGCGUUAGUGUUUGGUUGGACGUACCGGUGGAUGCAUUGGCAAAAAGAAUUGCAGCCGUGGGAACUAAUUCUCGCCCUCUUCUACAUGAAGAAGCAGGGGAUGCAUACACAGCGGCUCUGAUGCGCCUGUCUUCUCUUUUUGAAGAAAGGGGUGAAUUCUAUGCCAAUGCUAAUGCCAGAGUCUCAUUAGAAAAUAUUGCAGCAAAACUGGGACGAAAAGACCCGUCUGAUUUGUCUCCAACCGCCAUUGCAAUUGAGGCACUAGAGCAAGUUGGCAACUUUUUAAAGGCAGAAGAUGGUGGUUAUGCAAGAUAG